UGUUUGUUAUGUUAAUCAAUGAUCGCGUUUAUAAAUUUAUUUCUCAUUAAUUUUUGAAUGUUAAAUUUAAGUUAAUAUCAAGUAUAAAAUUAAAAGGGUUUAAGGUUGAAAUGAUUUUUUUUACUGAAUAAUUUCAGGGUGAAAAAAACAAUGGAUUUGACAUACUCUAUCAAAAUAUGAAAGCUGGCUGGGUGUCCAGUAGAGAACUUGAGGAAUAUAUCAGAGAAAGUUGCACAGUUGAGGAGUCUUAUGUUAAGCUUCAAAUGAAAUUAGCAAAAAUGGCUUCAAAUUAUGGAAACAGAGGUUCAUUUGGACCGUUCUGGCAAGUUCUGAGAGUUUUAGCAGAGGAACUGUCGUCAAUCCAUGUCCAGCUGAUGCUUUCAUGGCAGGAACUCAUUAAAGAUGUCCACAAAUAUACACUUGAACAACAGAAGAAACAAAAAGAGUUGAAAGACCAAGAAGUGAGCACAGUUGAAUCAGUCCAGUUGCUGCAACAAACCAUCCAAGUACUUCAUAAGGCAAAAGAAGCAUAUCAUGCACGUUUUUAUGAAUGUGAGAAGUUGAGGAGAGAGAGUGCAUCACAGAGAGAAAUGGAGAAAGUUGAGGCCAAGCUGAAGAGAGCAAAUGAGGAAUACCGAUCAUUACUAGAGAAAUACUCGAAUGCUCGAAAGGACUACCUCCUGCAUAUGACCGCAUCUUGCAAGAGGUUCCAAGACAUUGAGGAGAAGCAUCUGCAACAGAUGAAGGAGUUUAUAGAUUCAUUUAGGAAAGCCAGAGACACUCACUGUUCAAUGUUGGCACAGGUCCAAGAUCAGUUUCGAGUGGGUUGUUGCAAGUUGUCGGUUGAAAGACUCAUCGAGAUGAUCAUCCAAUCAAAAGGCACUGGUACUGAACAACCUGGCCACAUAGAGUUCGUGGAGGCAGACAUAUCCACACUAACAUCCUCCCUAUCCGUGAUGGACCUGGAUAAGAAAGAGCCCCAGAACAAUGACGCUAGGAUCAGGAACCAACUCGGAGGCAUAUUAGGCAUUCCAAUCAUGUACAGGAACCACAGGAAGAAGAACAAGGAGCAUGCUGAUAAGGAUAAGGACAAGUCAGACGCUCUAUCAAAGAACACUCACCUGGUGGACGAGGAGGGCUACUCCAUAAGGCCGGAGAUCGUCCACCACAAUAGCAGGGAGAGUUAUGGCUCAAGCUCUGAUAACGAUUCCGAUAACGAAGGUCGAAUGAGCAAGUUGAAGGUUGAGAUCAAACCCCUGUCAUCACCCACGAACUCUGACAACACAGCCAACCUGAAGGACAUUGUACAAACGUUCAAAAUCCAAGAUAUUCCAAGUAGACGAACACCGAUCAGCGAUACAAGUAGGGCAGGCAGUCAGAGUUUAGACAGCUCCAUGCCGUCGAGACCAAGUGAUGAUCUGAUCGACCUCGAUAUCUUUUCAUCGCCUUCCAAUACCACCAGCACAUCAGCAACAGGUCCAUUGCCAUCCACAAGACCAUCGUCGUCACUCUCGUCCUCAUUUUCACUGACGUCAACGACAGUCGACCCGGGUUCGCCCACGUCUCCUUCCUCGCGUCUGCCCAUCCUACCGACACCUCCCCCGCCUGCACAUCAACGCACACACAACAGAUCACUGCAUUCGAAUGUGCCUUUGGGGGCUACCGCAAGGCCGGCUGGUAGGAAUACACCUGACGUCUUCAGACUGCUAUCAUCCGAUCGAACGGAUAGUCUCAUGAGUCUCACCAACAUAUUCCCCACACAGUCGACCCCUUCCACUUCGUCCAACCCACCGCUAACUUCCUUCACGCCAACACACAACUUUGCAUCGAGAGGACCGAGUCCUCUUACUCUUGCAAUGUCCGACAACGUUCCCAUCGCUGCUGCUGUCACAGAGACGACCAACGCUUACUUCAAAGGCGCUAAUUACGACAAAUGUCAGGUGCGUGUAACUGGCAGCAUAGUCAUCUCGUUUCCCGGCGGCAUCAUGAGAGUCUUCCUCGACAACCCAUCACCAAAUGUCCUCUCCUUCUCCUUGAAGAACGUUGAAAAGAUUGACAACAUCAUAAUGAACAAAACACUUUUAAAUGAGAACGAGCAACAGAGAUCUGAUAACUGUCGAAGCUACACAUUCAACAUGUCGGCCCUUGUAGACCACCUCAGAAAAUUAUCUUCCAUCACUUCCAACGCUCCAUAUUUCAACGUUGAAAUCAUCAAAUAUCAAUUGAAGAUUGUCAAUCCGGCCGUAGAGAACAUUCCAUUAAAGUUGGCAUCGUACUGGAAAGUUGAACCAAAUCAAUGUGACUUCCUGUUAGAAUACUCGUACGUUGGCGGCUGCAUGAGGCCUCCCUGCCUACCUCUCACCAGUGUUCAGCUGGCUCUCCAGUUGGAUACAGGGGACAAGGACAUUGAGAUGCACUCCAUUCCAAGCGGACUUUGGUCCAGCGAAUCAAAACGUGCAAUUUGGAGAUUGCAGGAUAUUUCAGAAAUGUCAGAAAACGGUUGUCGUGGGAACAUCAAAGCCAAAUUUAACGUUACCUCUACCGCCUCUCCUCACUUAAACAUGGCUGCUGUGCAGUUUCUUUGUGAAGGAGCCACACUGUCAGGGCUUGAAUUUGAACUGGCUUCAACUGGCUAUCGAUUAUCACUUGCGAAAAAAAGAUUUUGUACAGGUAAAUACUUAUCAGAAAUCGAAACGAUCAAUCAACCUACAAAUGCGUCAUAGUUUAUUUUCAUUUCAUUAAAUUUAUUUAUCCUUAUCUUUUUAUUCAUCAUUUUCAUCGUCAAGUGAAUUUGUCAUAAUUAAAUGCUAAUAUUAAUUUUUAUUAAUACUCAUUUGCUUCUCUUGAUGUUCAUAGUUUGCGAUUAUUUAAUUUUUGAAUUGUUAGGAAAGUAAUUUAAAAUUUUGCAUCAUUGUUAGAUGCAUUAUUAAACUUUAUCGCACACAAAGACAAACUGAUCACAGAAAAUCUAGAAUUGAGCGUUUCGGAAAGUAAUACACAGUAAUCCCAUUUUAAUUUUAUAAAAUCGCUUCUUAUCAGAAACAUAUUAGCAAUUAACCAUCAUAAUAAUUUAAUUCUUUGCUAUUUUCGUUGUUUUUGUGAUUGGUUUAUAUUUUAAGAGUAGUCAAUUGAUGAAAAUGAUAGCUGUUGUAAAUAUUUGAGCUCCAAUUAUGUAUAGUUGUUGGUACGCUAUUACAUAAUAAUGAUAAUAAAUUAACAUUUAUUUAUUUAUUUAGUCCUCCUUAACUGCAUGCUGAUUCAUUUGUAAAUUGGUGAAUGCUAAUCAAAUAAACAUUUUAUUGUUCCACUGUGUGACUCCUUAGUGGAACGUCAAACGGUAUCUGCUGAUGACACAGGGUAUGUAAGCUAAGGCAGAUAAGCGCGUUGCCAUGUGUUAGGCUCCCAAUAAUGUUUAAAAAUUUAAUUUUAAGUUCAUCAUUUUGCAUCUCUUCCGUUUUCCGUCUAAUAAAUAUAAACAUAAUCAA